UUUCAGGGUCCUCCUGGACGAGCAGGCUUUCCGGGUGACAAAGGAACUAUGGGAAUUCCUGGACGAAUGGGGUUAAAAGGACACGCAGGGGAAAAGGGAGCACCAGGGGAGCCAGGUCUGUCUAUCAUUGGGCCGCGUGGACCUCCUGGGCAGCCAGGAACCAGAGGAUUUCCAGGCUUCCCGGGUCCAAUUGGGUUGGACGGCAAGGCUGGCCAGAAUGGAUUAAAAGGUGACAUGGGUCAGCGUGGUCCAAAAGGAGUCCCAGGUGAACCUGGUCCCAAAGGCGAGAAGGGUGUAUGUGGAGACUACACACACCGGCAGAUGUUGCCCAUCACCGUGCGCAACAUGCCCCAAAUAAGCCCUCUAAUCCUAAAGCGCCUCAAGCAGGGCGAUCCUGGAGCACAGGGCCCCCCUGGACCUCCUGGCCCCCCUGGCCUCCCAGGGACCGCUGGACUGAACGGAGCUAGUGGACCACCGGGCAAACCCGGUGAACCAGGAAAACCAGGCAAAGACACAAGGCUCUUACCAGGAAUGAAGGGUGAGCCUGGCAUGCCUGGAUUAAAGGGUGACCAUGGAGAUGUAGGACCCAUUGGACCUGAAGGCCCCAAGGGACCAAAGGGUGACAUAGGGGGAAAGGGGGAAUUUGGACUGCCAGGAAUGCCAGGGAAACAAGGGUUAAAGGGGGAGUCAGGUUUUCCCGGCACCCCUGGACUCAAGGGUCAGGCUGGCACCCAUGGUAUUCCUGGUAUACCUGGCAAGAGGGGCUACAGGGGUGAGAAAGGGGAUCCCAGUCAAGAAGGUACCGGCAUCAAAGGGGAACCUGGAACACCAGGACUAGCAGGCUCAGUUGGGCCCAAGGGUGACAAAGGAGAUCAGGGGCUCAAGGGAGAGUCAGGACCCGAGGGGCCAUCUGGACCAAGAGGACCUCCAGGUCCAACGGGAGAACCAGGAAAAGCAGAAAUCCUGAACAAUGAAAAUGAUAUUCGAAAUGUACCUAUGAUGGGCCCUCCCGGACUACCUGGCCCUCCAGGCAUAGCUGGUCUUUCUGGCACCAAGGGUGAAGUUGGUUUGCCAGGUCCGCCUGGUCUUGAUGGAGAGAAGGGCCCCAGAGGGAAGCCCGGUGAUAUGGGUCCUGCCGGCCCCACAGGUCCUGAGGGCGCCAGAGGGGAAGGAGGCCUUAUGGGCUACCCAGGACCCAAGGGAGAUAAGGGGGACUCGGGUCCCUCUGGAUCGCCUGGUUUAGAUGGGCCCACGGGGGAGAAGGGGGUUUCAGGGACCCCAGGCCCCAUUGGAUUACCAGGCUCAAUGGGUCCGAAAGGAGAGGCAGGGGACAAGGGUGAAAGAUCCGAUAUGGUUUAUGGGCCUCCGGGACCUCCAGGGCCCCAAGGACCAGUUGGCCCUGCAGGACCUCAAGGACUCUCAGGGCCAAAGGGGGAGCCAGGCAUUGGCUUAAGGGGAGAGAAAGGAGCAUCUGGUCUGAAAGGCGACAAGGGGGACAGGGGCCAUCUUGGACUUCCUGGGGCUCAUGGGUUAGACGGCAGACCAGGUCCAGUGGGUCUGAUCGGACCAGUGGGUGUAGCAGGGCCAGCAGGACCAAAGGGAGAGAGAGCUGUGAAGGGAGACACAGGAGUACCAGGACCAAUUGGGCCUCAAGGCAUCCCUGGUUUAGUAGGACCACAAGGAUUUAAAGGAAAUCGGGGAGAGAGGGGCAAGAAAGGCAACAGGGGGGCCAAAGGGGAUAAGGGAGACCAAGGAGCACCCGGACUAGAUGCCCCCUGUCCGUUGGGAGAUGAUGGCUUACCAGUACCCGGUUGUUGGAAUAAAUGACGAUAGCUACGGAGUGGCAUGUGUUACUGUAGAUAGAAUAUUUAUUUUUCUACUUUUUAUGUGCUUUCUUAUACUGAUCAAAAAAACAGAAAAAAAGGCAGAAUUUUUGUACAGAUUUCUGUGUAUUUUAGUACUUAUAAUGUUUCUGUAUGGGAUUUUAUAUCUAUGCAUUAUUUUAACAUGUUUAAAUAAGGAAGAAUUCUAAAGAGGCUGCAUACAUAUGCAUGAUAUUUGUGCAUAAUGUAAAGUUGAUAUUGCCUAUUAACUUAUUUUAUCGUGUUUUGUUGACGUUGUAACAGACCAUGCUGCACUGAACUGUGGGGCUGGAAAGAUGAAGUGUUGGCUUUUAAAAUUCCUAGUUGAACCCUGUUUCUAGAGAUACAGAUGUCCUCAAUUAACAAGCACAGCAAAUAAGUACAGUAAUGAUGUUGUUUAUCACACUUUCAACUGGCCAGUGACAGAUAGCACUGUUUUUAGUCUGCACUGUACAGGUAAAAACCAUUUGCUAAAUUGAUUAUUCCCAUAUGCUUACAUUGCUUGAAUAGGAUACAAUUUAGGUCCAUGGUGUACCAGAAUAACACAACUUGCCGGUAUCUGAAAACAAGGACAUUUUUAUCUUGUAAAGUGGAGUUCAACUUAGACUGCUUGACCAUAAGAUUAUUAUGUUGUUUCUACCAAAGCAGGCAUAAGAAAAUUAAACAAAAUAUUAUGCAUUCAAUUGUACAGCCAGAAACCAAACACAUUCUAAGCUAUAAAUGCAACCUUACCAGCCUCAAUUUGUUCAAGUUAUCUGCAUAUAGUUUUUAUCCAAUCUAAGGGGCAGCCACCUUCUGCAUUUUGACUAUCAGGCUAUGUUUUUAACCCACAUUUGUAUUUGUGAACGUUGUCUAAAUGUUGACCCAUCAAGCUUAUUCUUGGAUGACUGAAAUAUUGCUGCUCACCCUUAUGGCAUGCUGCUGCAAUAGCCACAUUGCCUGUACACCCAGUGAACCUCAUCCAUUUAUUUAUAUAUGAAGAAUGCUAAUCACAGACAUUAUGAAGAUUAGAUUUGGUAGGUAAGAAAUAGAUACAUUACAUGUUUUAUCUGAAACUGUUCUACAGAGCAGAUCUUGUCUGAGUACCCUUUAACUAUGUCAUGAGUUGAAUCAGUGUUUAAGAAAUGGAUGAGGGGGAUUGCUGUGGAGCUUGGUCCAUUAACUGCUGCUCAUUGUAAAAAAUAAAAAGCUAGGUUUGUGUGUUUGCUCUGCCUGGAAAUGUAUAGCUAGUUUAAGAGAUUGUCAAACUCCCACUGUUGAUAAAUCCGUCAUCAGGUCAUCAUAGGCCUACAGUACUUUUAUAUACCUACUUAUGCCUUUAUCUCUAGUAGCUACACUUAUUAAUGUAUCAAAAUUGCCAAAAGUCCAUAAGGAAUUCUUAAAUGUGUACAAAUUACUUUCAACUAUUUUGUUUAUGCAUUAUUUUCUAAAUGACAAUCAGAAAUAAAAAUAUACAUUUCUAAAGUA